GUGUGUGUGUGAGCUCUCUGUUGGAGGGCAGUCCUAGGUACAGGACGCGCACUCACGCACGCGCGCGCGCACACGCACAGACAAGGCUGAAAGUUUCUGAGUUGCUCCUCAGGCUGAAGGUAAGCAGGGAGAGAGAACAGAACCAGACACUUUCAACACAUUAACAAACGGAGGGGAAAAAACGCAGGAUGAGGCCUGAUUGCUGUAUUUAUUCCACAACUUUUGUCCAAAAUCAAGUAUGACGCACUGGAUGCCCUGAAAGCGGAUUGUACAGAAGGACAUGUUGGAGAACGCUGUUUUGAUUUGUUUAGGGGUUUUUCUUUGCUUUUCUUGGAUUAUCCAAAAAAUGCGCAUUUUAUUUUGUGAUGUCAGAAAGUCGGCCGACAUCUGGGGCGCGAGCGCGAGAAGAUCCUCUGCUGGAGUAAAAACUUUUUUGGAGAUUUGCGUCCAGAUCUAGUCCUCUCUCUCUCUCUCUCUCUCUCUCUCUCUCUCUCUCUCUCUCUCUCUUUCUUUCUCUCUCUCUCUCUAGUUUUCCAGACCCUUGAUUUUUUGCACGUUUUUUUUUUUUUCACGUUGAUUUGCGUGAGAAGGCAUGCGGUGCGCACGGGGCGCGUGGAAGGAUGCUGCUGCUUCUGCUUCUGCAAUGGAAAUGAAGAGCACUUCAGCAGCAGUGCUUUUGCUUUUGUUUGUACUCUUUUGUCCCUCAUUUAGCCAAGAACUCAACCCUAAGGGUCGGAACGUGUGCAGAGUACCAGGGUCUCCUGGGAUUGCGUGUUGCACUGGAUGGGCGCAACAAGGAGACGAGUGUUUGACACCUCUCUGCGAGGGCAAUUUUACUUGCAAGGAGAAUGAGGUGUGUGUCCGACCAAACGAGUGCCGCUGCCGUCACGGAUAUUUCGGAGCGAGCUGUGACACCAAGUGUCCUGCUCAAUUCUGGGGUCCUGACUGCAAAGGAAAAUGCACGUGUCACCCUAACGGCAAAUGCGAUGACUUAACCGGCAAGUGCACAUGCCACCCAAAUCGCUGGGGUGAGAACUGUGAGAAGCCAUGCCCAUGCCAGAAAGGCAAGUGUGACCAGGAGACUGGCAAGUGCACGUGCCAUGCUGGUUUUUGGGGUCCUCACUGCAGCAACAAUUGCUACUGCAGUCUAAACUCAGUGUGUGACCAGAGCACAGGUCGCUGCAUCUGCUCUCCAGGGUGGUACGGGCGCAACUGUGGUGCCCAGUGCGCCUGCAACAACUCACCAUGCGAGCAGUUCACCGGCCGAUGCCAAUGCCGAGAUCGUUUGUGGGGCACAAACUGCGAACGAUAUUGUCAGUGUUUACAUGGGAAAUGUAACCAGGCAGAUGGUUCCUGCACCUGCAAACCGGGCUACAGGGGCAAAUUCUGCAGAGAGCCAUGUCCUGCUGGGUUCUACGGGCAGAACUGCAGGAACAAAUGUGGUCACUGUAAGGGCCAGCAACCAUGCAAGGUUACAGAAGGAAGGUGUGUUACUUGUGAACGAGGCUGGAAUGGCACCAAAUGUGAUCAGAUAUGUGCCCCAGGCUUUUUUGGAGAGAACUGCAAAGAUGAAUGUCCACCAUGUAAAGAUGGCCAUUACUGCAAUCGCAUCGAUGGGAAGUGCUCUCACUGUAAUCCCGGCUGGAUCGGAGAUCGCUGUGAGGUCCGAUGUCCCAAUGGCACCUAUGGGGAGAAUUGCGAGAAUGACUGCAGCCACUGUUUUAAUGGAGAAUGUCACUUUGCUACAGGGGAGUGCCUCUGUGAUCCUGGCUUUUAUGGGACUUAUUGCAAUCUGACUUGUGAGUCGGGCCAGUUUGGGGUGAACUGCGCACAAACGUGUCCUUGCCAUGAUAAAAACUGUAACCCCGUGUCUGGAGCCUGCAAUCUAUAUCCUAACCAGCGGAUGGGUGUGAUCGCUGCAGGCACACUGGUGUCCUUACUGCUCAUCAUUCUGCUUGCUCUGCUCUGCUGCUGCUGCCUAUGUAACAAAAAAGACUACAUUAGUUCAGACCAGGAUAAUUCAACCAGCAGUAAGAAGGCCAAAAGGAUCCUUUGUGGACGAUUUAGCCGGAUCAGCACCAAGCUUCCCAGAAUCCCUCUGCGCAGACAGAAACUUCCCAAAGUCGUCGUAUCUCGCCAUGACCCUGAAAACACAUUUGACUGCAGUUUCAUAGAGCCUCCGUCUGCCAUCGAGCACCAGACUUCGUCCUGGUCAUCCCAGGAGUCCUUCUCCUCUUUCGAGACAACCGAAGAUGGCCCAGUUUACUGCAUACCCAAUGAAGAUACCAUGAAUGAAGGCAAUGCAAAACCAAGCCCCAGUGCCACUACAGAGAAUCUAAUAGCUGUUAAUGAAGAUGAUGCUGGAGAAUAUACCUCCCUUAAGGAGACAAGAUUAACAACAAAACCUGUCAACGAUGGCAGUGAGCAGCCACUGCUGAAAUCAGACAGUGAAGGCUCCACAAGUGGGUCGGAAUCAGCUAUGGGAGCUCUUUAUGCCCGAAUUGCCCGCCUCUCUAAAAACUCCAAAGAAGAAGAGGACAGCAGCACAUUUGAGACCAAACCCUGUGAUAAGACAACAUCUUCUGAGAAGGCCAAACCUCGGCCUCCGGACCCGUCAACCAAACCAAAGGUGUCUUGGAUCCAUGGAACUUCUGGAGUCAGCCAAACAGAAAAGGGACAGGCACCAUCCCCACCAAAAGAAAAGAAAAGAACCACAACAGAAGAGAAGCAGCGAUCAAAGGAGAAGUCAAGCAAGAAAAGUGAGCAGAGUAAUCAUGAUAGCAAGGGUGAUGGGAAUGAUUCUCCAAGCAAAACCAAAGCCCACAAAGUUUCUGACCCCAUCGAGCACAUCAAUGGCGCUGUCCAGAAUGCAUUAAAGAAAAUCGGAAACUUCCACUCAGAUAGGAAAAGUAGUGACACUACCAAAGAGCCACGCAUGAGUCCAAAUAUCAUGCAUCCUCAUAUAAACUCAGAAGCGGCCACACUUCUUGCUGCCCAGCUCAAAGAAAAGACCCAGAGCCUGAAUCGCAACGAAGGCCUGUCGGUUGGAAUCAAAUCAAACGGGGUUUAUACCCCUCAGGCCAACAGGGAGAAGCCCACGCCACCCCAGAAGGCCAAGCGAUCAGUGACUGGUGCCAACAAACAACUUCUACCAACUUCCAAUAACCUUCAGAAGAUAAUUUCCCCUGUAACAGACUCCACCAACCCUGAGCCUCAAAGCCCAGAAAUGCAGGCCAUAAAUGGGACCCAGAUAGGAGAUGCAGGAGAUGCCACACCGAAGAAAACACCUAUUAAAAAACCACCUAGAAAGAAAGGCAAGGAGGCAGUGUCAGAGACAGAACCUAAGACCACUCCAAAGACAGCUAUUAUGCCACCUCAGAUUGUCAAAUAGACAGGUGAUUCAGAAAUACCUGGGCUGACCAUGCAGUGCUUGCCUGUAAUGAAUGAAGCCUCUGAUAGAAACGUUCCUGUCUCAUAUUCAUGAUAAACAAACUGUUGAAUAGCUUUAAAAAGGAAUUGCUGCGUCCUGGGUGUAAUGUUCUGCAAGAUGUGUAGUUCUUUAAUCUCUUGAUGUCCAGGACUAUCUUGGGGAAGGAAGAGUCACUGGUUACCAAAUUGCCUUGAAAGAAAUAGUUGUACCGCUUGUACAGUUUUCAACAACAUUUUGAGUUGUAUAGGAGGUGAGAUUUUAUUUUAGCGGUUUUUAUACAUGAGCAAGUCUGCUUUUACCAAACAGAUUUUUAUAUCGAACCAUGCUCUUUUUUCACAACGUUAUGCCUUUUAGAAGCAAUAAUAUUAUUCAGAGUAUGACCAAAGGUAGUACUUUGCAUAUGCAGAUAUAGUGGUACUAUCACUAU